AUGGAUUCAAGCGCUGCAUUUGUUACGAAUACUCUACGCCAAGCUCCCAUAAAACUACUCCUGGCCAGCCAGCGGUACGUUCUCGAAGCGACAAAGAUUCAACACUCUGCGAGCACCGAGUCCCUCCCCGCCAUCACAGUGCUUCCAAUCGAGAGACUUCACGACAUACCCGCAAAUAUUUGGACUAUACUCGACUCUAGAAUACACACAGAAUUCUCGAUUUCCGAAUCACGCCCCGGUAUCACAAUGUUCACAUCUGGUUCAACCGGCGCCCCGAAAGGCGUUAUCCACAGCCGAGCCUGGUUCCCCAGACUACCCCAAGCUCUAGCCGAUGAAGCAGUUCUGGUACAUCGCCCUCCCAGCUGGCUGGGCGGCUGUCUAUUCCUAUUCACGGCAAUCAUGACCGCGUCUCGUGCGGAAAUCGUAGAUCCUGGGGCUAGUCUGCGGUACACGUGGGAGCGAAUUCGAAGAGAUGGCAUCACAUACAUCAAUUCGGGUUGUGGGUGGUGGGAACAAAUGGUGAGAUUCUACAAGGCUGAGCUUCAAAGUCAUCCACAGAAGGAAGAAUACCUUGCUGGUAUGCGUGGUGUGCGCUCGGCAUUUACUGGGUCUAGCGUAGCUGUGCCGUCGCUUUUGCAGUUCCUCUCCGGGGAGUUCAAGCUGCGGCUACAGAUGACUUAUGGGACGACGGAGGUUGGGAGAAUACUUCUAGGUGUUCCUUUGCAUGAAUUGAAACGAAGUGAUAGAUGCCUUGGGAGACCACUUUGGCUCGAUAUGCCCGUAAAACUUUCGGAUGGUGACAAGGGCGAACUUCUUGUUGGUGGCACGAGGACUUUUCUGGGGUACAUGAACGGCGAGCCCUCAACAGAGGGUCUAUUAGACGAAGAUGGAUAUUUUCGAACCGGAGAUAUUGCCCAUCGACAGGAUGAUUGUUAUAUUUUUGACGGGCGUGCCUCUAUUGACUUCAUCAAAAAUGCAGGCGAAAAGGUUCCAGUCAUUGAGCUUGAGCAAGUGAUUCGAGGAUUGGAUUAUGUCGCGGAAGCAUACGUGGUUCCCGUGAAGGACCAUAAGAUUGGCAGCAGAGUGGGUGUUCUUCUGAAAUCAAAGGGGAAAUCGGUUACUCUGAAAAGCCUACGUGCCGACCUUGAAUCGCAAGUCGGUAGCUACAUGCUGCCUAAUGCGUUCUGCUUGAUGGCUGAGAAUGAGCGGGUACCAAAGACGCCAACGGAUAAGGUAUCUAAAAGUGAACUCGUGAAAGUUUUCUUCGUCGACUGUGUCGAGAACGAAUUACAUGACCGCGUUGAAAUUUCGGAUGUUGAAAUAUGA